AUGAACACGUUUGUCAGAAUAUCCUCGGGAAGUUUGAUACAAUAUCCAAAAUCACAGAGCGAACAAUUCAAUAAAAAAGGUAUAUACGUAUUACCUUCCGGGACAGCAAGCGACGAUGAAAUCUAUGAAGGAGACAAAACAAGAUCUGGCAUGAUAAUUGUGAGUCUGCCACAAUCUUGCAAACUUUUGCCCUUGGUACACUCGCAUCAUGUUGUUUGGAAACAGGAAUCGAAUGAGUUAUUGUACUCCUAUGACACAAAGAGUUGCCUGUUAGCCACUCUCGUCGUAAGGAAGGGUGAUAACCAAGUUCAUGUCAUGCUUGGGUUCCGUGACCAUUUACCUUGGUGUUCAAUUAUUAUUAGGAAGGAUUUGGGGAUUUCUGAAAGCCGAGAUGAAAAACUGCUUCGAAUAUUCCAGGAGAUGUUUGACAAAACGUUAUGGCUCUCAAGACAAUCAGACAGAGCAUCAACAACUCUAGAAAACAGCCUCACCAAAUCGCAGUAUCCCAAACAUGUAACUAGAGGAAGCCGAUCGGAUCUAUCAACAGUCACGGCAACAUUCAGAGUUUCCGUUCCAACUACGACAAAUCCUAAUGUGUUCAACCUUCUGUUGACUUGGACUCAUCAACACCCGGAGCACCGCCUAGUUUCAGCACCCAAUGACUACAUAAAAAGAGGCCCAACACUUUUCCUUUCAGGCUCUAUCGACAAAUCAAAAACAACGUGGCAGAGUGCACUCUCAGAAUCACUAUCUCAUCUGCCCAUUACAAUCCUCAACCCCCAUCGACCAGACUGGGACUCAUCUUGGCGUGAAACACUCUCAUUCUCGCCUUUCACGGAGCAGACCAAUUGGGAAUUAGAUGCGAUGGAAAAGGCAGACGUAAUAGCUUUCUGGUUUGGCGCGAAUUCACAGGCUCCGGUUACUCUGAUGGAACUGGGGUUAUUUGCUGGCAGUGGUAAAUGUGUUGUUGCGUGUCCAGAGGGGUAUUGGAAGAGGGGUAAUGUGCAAGUUGUUUGUGGGAGGGCUGGAAUUCCGGUUUUGAGUUCGGUAGAGGAUUUGCAGGAUGCUAUUAUUAGGAUGUUAAGGGAUUUGGGUAAGCUUGGUUGA